GAGGCUUUUGAAAAUUUCGCUCACCAAGUGGCGGAAGGCCUCAAAUAUAGUGGGACCUAUGACCCGGAGGACGAGCAACACACUUCCAUCCCCAAAAGAUGAACAAUUAUAGCAGAAGAAGUGACGAAGAGGAAAAGGGUUUACUCUGGAAGCUUCCAGAAGUGAGGUUUAAGGACUUUGGGAAGGCCGGCCCCGCUUUUGGCCUCGGCGCCGGCUGCGGCGUCGGCUUCGGCGUCGGCCUCAUCGGAGGAGUUGGGCUGGGUCCUGGGAUUCCUGGUCUACAAAUGGGUUUUGGGUUCGGUGCUGGAUGUGGAAUUGGCUAUGGAUUUGGGUAUGGGGUGGGUAGAGGCGUAGCUCAUGAUGAGAAUCGGAGAUACUCUAAUGUCGGCAAGUUCUUCCAUGGUCCAGGAAAUCUUCCAACCCAAGAGAUAUUGCUCCUUCAAGCGAAAGACAGAUUAUUGAGACCAUUAUUCUCAUUUGCUGGUUUAUUGAACUCCUCUUGUUGUUCCUGUUGAAUCCUGGAGUAUAUCACGAUAUGGUGCAAAUAUACACGAGGACAGUGUUUUGAUAUGCCCCAGUUCUGCAUUUUGUUUAGCAGCUGUUCCAUAUUUCCUUAAUAUCAUCAACAUAAAGACUACACUAUGCAUAACAAGCAUAACACUUCACUAGCACUAGGGGGAUUUUAUCUAUAUGUUCAAUAUUGCACUUUAUUCUGCCUUGGUAUCUUUUUUGUAAGAAAUAAAAGAAGUUCCCUGUUCAUAGACAGACAUAAUAAUGUAUUCGAGUUACAUUGUGUGACAACUGACGAGAACAAGAUUAAUAAAGAAUUAUUCGCUAAAA